AUGCAAUUAAAGUUUUUAAAGACAAUUUUAGAAGGCCAGAAUUACAUAAAUCGUAUUCCCGGUUUGGCUUGGUCACCGAAUCAUCAAAAGUUGGCUGUAGCUACCGCUGAUCGUCACAUUUAUUUAUAUGAUGAUUUAGGUGAACGUCGUGACAAGUUUUCAACAAAACCCUCAAAUCCCGCAAGUGGAAAACACUCCUACGUUAUACGCGGUUUGGCUUUUAGCCCCGAUUCCAAAAAAUUAGCUGUUGCACAAAGUGAUAAUAUUGUAUAUGUUUACAAAUUGGGUGAAUCGUGGAACGAGAAGAAAGUAAUAUGCAAUAAAUUUCCUCAAGCAACAGCAGUGACAGCGUUAAUAUGGUUAACAUCUGGUCCCAUUAUAGCAGGGCUUGACGACGGUAAAAUACGAGCACUUCAUUGUAAGAGUAAUAAAUCCCAAAGCCUUUAUGGAAUCGAGAGUAUUUGUAUCGCAUUGGCUGCCAAUACCAAGGGUACAGCGUUUUUGUCCGGACACAAUGAUGGCACUAUUAUACGUUAUUUCGUAUCUGAUGAUGUCAAUGAGCCAUCUUCUCGCGUUGCCCAACAUCCCGUUCCACCAUUUGCGUUAGCCUGGCCUCAGGGCGGUUUUUGCGCGGCAGGAUGUGAUCAACGUAUCGUAUUCUAUGAUACAGUGGGACGUCAGGUACGCACAUUUGAUUAUUCACGGGCGGAGGAUGAACGUGAAUUUACGGUCGCCGCUUGCAGCCCCAAUGGCCAAGCAGUGGCCUUCGGCAGUUACGACCGCGUACGCAUUUUUACUUGGAGUCCACGUUUGUUUGCUUGGAGUGAAACUGCUUCUAAGAACAUUGAGUUCUUUUAUACUGUAACUUGUCUUUUAUGGAGACAUGACGGCGCCAGAUUGGCUAUGUCUUCUCUCGUUGGUGCUGUGAUAGUAUUUGAGACCGUGUUAAAACGUACCGUAUGGCAAGAUAAAUUUGAAUUGAUUUUUGUUGCUCCGAGUCAAUUGUUGGUACGAUCGUUGAAAGCGCCCCAUGAACAAAUGACGAUAGAAUCGAAAUUGGGCUUAGAAAUCGAUGACGUUCGAAUUAUGGGCAAGGACAAUUACUUAGUUGCACGGACUGAGGAAUCUUUAAUAUUAUGCGAUUUAACUCGUAACUUAACUAGCGAAGUUUCCUGGACGACUACCGGACGUCAUGAGCGUUUUUAUUUCGAGAACCCCACAGUUUGUCUUAUAUUCAACGUAGGCGAACUAAGUCUAGUAGAAUAUGGUGAGUCAACGCUUCUCGGCUCCGUCCGAACCGAGUUUGUAAAUCCUCAUGUAAUCUCAGUUCGUUCGAACGAACGAGGGAAUACCAAAGACAAUAAAAAGUUGGCUUUCUUGUUGGACGCUAAAACCAUAUGCGUUGUUGAUUUAUUUGGUCAAGUUGUUAUUGGGCAAGUUAAUCAUGAGACUAAAAUUGAUUGGCUGGAAUUAAGCGAGACAGCCCAUAAGUUACUUUUUCGUGAUAAGAAAAUGAGAUUAAUUCUGAUUGAUAUUUAUUCCGGAAAGAAGCAAACAUUAUUAAAUAAUAUUUCCUUCGUUCAAUGGGUGCCGCAAAGCGAUGUGGUGGUAGCACAAAGUAACUGCAAUUUGGCCAUUUGGUAUAAUAUAGAUUUACCGGAACACUUGACUUUAGUGCCAAUACGCGGGGAAAUAACAGAAGUUAUACGAGAAGGAGGUCGUACCACUGUUCGCACUCAAGAAGGCCCUACUGAGCAUGCUUAUCAACUUGACGAAGGCCUCGUUGAAUUCGGCACUGCCGUAAAUGAUGGCGAUUACGGGCGUGCUAUUCAUUUCUUGGAAACUUUAGGGGACAAGCCAGCUGCCAAGGCCAUGUGGCAUAAUUUGGCCAUAAUCGCUAUAGAAGAUGCUAAUCUACGUGUGGCUCAACGUUGCUAUGCUGCCUUGGGAAAUGUAUCCAAAGCUUUCUAUCUUUGCGAAAUGAUAGAAGAGGCUGACAAAUAUGAGAAGAAUACAGGAAUUCCCGGUAUUCUUUGUCCGGAGGUGAAGGCCAAACUAGCUUUACUAUCAUCUGACCUACGGUCCGCAGAACGUAUCUAUUUGGAGCAAGGUUAUUUAGAAGCAGCUAUAGCAAUGUACAAAAAAUUACGCAUGUGGGAUGACGCAGUUAACUUGGCUGAGAGACGAGGCUUUACCGGUGUACAACAACUAAAAGAAGAACAAAUGUCUUUUCUACUAGAAACAGGCCAAGAAGAGAAAGCUGGCCAAAUUCUUGAAGAUCGAGGUGAAGUGGACAAAGCCAUGAAUUUGUUUUUGAAAGCCAAUAAACCUGCACGUGCUGCUCGCUUAGCUUUGAAACAGCCCCACCUACUCGAUGACCAACAUUUGAUGAUGAAAGUCACUGAAGGUUUAAUUAACUCAGAGCUUUACGAAAUGGCUGGUGACAUCGCUCACCGUUUGUUUCGGUCAGAUGCAGCCUUAGCUUUGUAUCGCAAAGGAGGAGCAUAUGCUAGAGCUUUGGAUAUUGCCAGGGAAGCGGCUCCAGAUGAAGUUAUAAGUCUAGAAGAGGAAUGGGGUGAUUGGCUUGUAUCACGCAAACAACUAGACGCCUCUAUUAAUCACUAUAUAGAAGCUGGUGCCACCCAAAAGGCCUUAGAGGCUGCUGUAGGAGCUAAACAAUGGCGAAAAGCGGUACAAAUUGCCAAAGUGUUAGACGAACCGAAAGAUAUACAACGCUACGCUUUAGAUUUAUCUAAGCACCUGGCUUUCGCAGGAGACAUAGAUGAUGCCGAAGAUCUGUUAGUUAGAGCUAAUCUCUUUAGGGAGGCCAUUGAGUUACUCAAUCGCCAUGGUAAAUGGAAGAGGGCUUACGCUAUAGGUGAAAAAUAUCUUAAGUCUGAGGAGAUGCGUAAUCUGUUUGUGAACCUUGCUGGCAAUUUAGAGGAACAAGGAAAGUAUCGCGAUGCUGAGAAAAUUCUGUUAGCUGUUAAUGAACCGGAUUUGGCCAUAGCUAUGUACAAGCGUCGUGAACUUUAUGAUUCUAUGAUACGUUUAGUUGAACGCUACCAUAAGGAUUUGUUAGAAAGCACCUAUCAACACUUGGGACGCACUCUAGAGUCUAAAGGCAAAUUAAAAAAUGCUGAAGUCUACUAUUUGGCUGCGGGAGACUGGAAGUCAGCGGUACAUAUGUAUUGUACAGCCGGUAGAUGGGAAGACGGUUAUCGUGUAGCUAAGCAACACGGUACUGAUGGAGCCAAUAAUCAGGUGGCUUAUAUGUGGGCGAAAUCCUUGCCAGUAGAAAGAGCCGUUCGUUUACUUACCAAAUUAAGGCUUUUGGAAACGGCAGUAGGAUUUGCUUGCGACUCAGGACAAUUUGAAUUUGCAAUGGAUUUAUGCCGUUUCGCUGGAAAACCAACCGACGAAGUACAUCUAAAAAUAGCAAUGGCCCUGGAAGAUGAGGGUAAAUUUGAGCAGGCCGAACUUGAAUUUAUCAGAGCUAAUAAACCACGAGAGGCAAUACUUAUGUAUACACAUGCUGGGGAUUGGAGGGCAGCAUUAAAUGUGGCUGAAACUCACUUACCUGAAGCAGUUAGCGAAGUACUUAUCAGUCAGGCUAAUGCUGCUUUAGAGACUCGCAACUAUCCCGAUUACGAGUCUUUGUUGUUAAGAGCACAACGGCCCGAUUUAAUAAUUGAACAUUACAAAAACCAAUGUAUGUUUGACGAUGCCAUACGGGUAGCCGAGGAUCAUUUUCCGACAGCUCUGAAUGAUUUAAGACGUUUGGCAGCACAGGAGCAACGACAUGGAGCCGGCGCGAGUCAUGACUCGCGUGCCUAUCUUCAGCGGGCUGCUGAGUUCGCAAAGAGAGAGGAUUUUCGCAAGGCUGCAGAAUGUUUGAUGCAAAUAGAUUCAUCAAAUGCGGAAAACGAGUCUACAUUAGAACGUGCUUUGUUGAGAGCGGCAGAAAUAUGUAAUCAGUUUCUAGAGGGACAAGAUGCCAUUGAAGUAGCCCAAAAAUUAGGUCCACGCUUGUGGCAAAUUAAACAGAUCGGUCCAGCCGCUCAAUUAUAUUUAGCCGCAGACAUGCCAAGGGAAGCGGUAGAUGUGUUUAUAAAAGCUGAACAAUGGUCGAAAGCUCGUCGUUUGGCCAAGGAAAUAGAUCCCGAAUUAAUGGCUUACGUCGAACAGCAGCAAAAGGCACGGCUACAAAGUGAAGGCAAUGUUGAACAACUGGCAGAUAUAGAUAUUAUCAGCGCCUUGGAUAUUCUGGCCGAGCAGGGACAAUGGCAGCGUUGUUUGGAUAAAGCAAAACAAAUAAACACCCUGACUUUACAGAAAUACGUAGCCCUCUACGCUGCCCAGCUUAUACGGGAAAACAACUGCACGCAAGCUCUGCAAGUGUACAUUAACUAUGAUUCACCCGCCGUUGAAGCUAACUUUAACAUCUAUAAGAGAAUAGCUUUAGACUGUUUUGCUCUGCGAGAACAAGCUGCAAAUGGGAUAUGGAAAAAUUUAAGAAAUUUUCUAUACAAAUUAUUGCAGUCACUCAAAUCGUCCACGUUCUCAGAAGCGCCCAUUGCGGACAUCAUAGAACAAUAUCUUCUGAUUGCUCAUUAUUAUGCCGCUAGAAGUGCUUGUCGCCAAGUUCAAUCACUGCAAUCGAUUGCUUUACGCAUAACAAUCGCUUUGCUACGCUAUACCGAUAUAAUACCCGUAGAUAAGGGUUUCUAUGAAGCUGGUUGGGAUUUACGCAACGCAGGUCGCGAAGCGGAAGCUUUUGUCAUGCUCAAUCAUUAUCUGGACAUAUGUGAAGCUAUUGAGGAAGAUGCUGGCAAUUUGGUGGACCACAGCUAUCUAACCGCGACCGACUUUCCCAGUUCGGUGCCACUGCCCGAAGAAAUACACUUAAAAAAUGAUCCAGAUUUACACGAAGAAGUAAGGGAAUGGGUACUAUCUGUUAGCAUCGAUCAACAAAUCGAUCAGGUGCUUCCCGUAGAUGACCGUGGCUUUUAUGAGUGCUGUUUGGGAUUUGAUGAUGUUCCUUGUAUACUAAGCGCUUAUCCUGUACGCGGAAGGCAACCGGUCACAUUUCAGCAAUCGAAUCGACAGGCAAACCGUGACGUCUGGAGCAAAUUUUCGGUCGCCCAAAAAAUGCAAUCAACGAGUGAAGUGAGUGAAGUAAUAGCAUUUACUGAAAAAUGGAAUGGAUUGGCCAACUACGUUAUGCAUUAAUUUACUUAUGUUCACAUAACUUUAUUUAUGAAAGAAAAUUUAUAUAAAAAUAUGCAAUGCCUGCUGCUUAAGGAAGUGAAGCCCAGAAAAUUGUAAUUUUGGUAUCCACAAAAAUAGAAAGAAAGACUUGCAAAACAUUUUCUUAUUAAAGGGUGAAAAUUAACCGAUCAGUUUUACGUUAAAAUCUAUUGCGAAUUAAACGAGCUCGACUCCUUGUGUGCGGGAUCUGUAAUUUUUAAUCAAGUUUCAAUUAGUUGUUCUAAUUUUUGGGUAGGCGUAUCUAAAUCACCUGACAAUCUUAUGCUAUUCAAAAGUUUAUGCGACUGUGUCCGUGUGAAGCGUAAUAAAUUUAAAAGAAUUAAAACAACUCCUUUGUAAUUCUUUAGGCAAUGCGCAUCGGUAAGUGCAUAUUUCUGUCAUCUUGUUGGUGGUUAAAAAGUUCUUCC